AUGGCGACUUCACACAUGGAGCCGUCCGCAUAUACCCUUAAAGACAAGGUGGCCGUUGUCACAGGCGCCUCUUCUGGCUUAGGUCGGGCCAUUGCUGUUCUUUUUGCUGCGCAUGGAACGCGGCUCGUCGUCUGCGCAGAUCUCAAACCAGAAGCCCAGGCCGGCGGUGUGGACCAGGAACCCGGGAAGCGGACAGAUGAAUUGAUUAAUAGUAGACAUGGAGACGGGAGAGCUCUGUACGUGGAAACAAAUGUGGCAAUCGGUGAAGAUGUCUCGAGGUGUGUGGAGGAAGCUGUCAGGCUUGGAGGGAGACUGGAUGUAAUGGUGAAUAACGCUGGUCUUGGUGUAGAGAAGAUCAAAAUUCAUGAAUUGCCAGAGGAGGUUUGGGACAAGAUGAUGUCAGUCACCCUCAGCGCGGUCAAUCUUCGCAGUGUGUUUCUUGGCUGCAAGUAUGCCUGUGCACAAUUCCUCAAGCAGAAGCCCUGGCCCUCGGGCGAUCGAGGAUGGAUUGUCAACACUGCAAGCAUUCUCGGUGCCGUUGGUAUCAUUGACGGAGCAGUCUCUCGAACAGCCAUGACAAAGAUGAAUUACGAGGACCAGGCGCUGAGCGAUCGAUUGAUGGCCAGGACGCCAUGGCGAACGUGGGGCGAGGCGCAGGAUAUUGCUAAAGCUGCGUUGUUCCUAGCUAGCGAUGGAGCUGCGUGGAUCACAGGAGCCGCGCUACCAGUCGACGGAGGCUUUUUGGCAGCGUGA